GGACGAACUUGGCACACUAGCGAUCUCUACCUGGAGGUAUCAGCGAAGCUGCAGGAUGAAGCGGCAGCAUGGUUUCAUCGUAUUAGCGGUACGGUGCGAACAGAAGACGAGACGCUGGAGAAUCUGAUUGCCUUACUGCAGACCAAAUACGGGAAACACUUGGACGCGACUGAAGUCAUGAACCGCAUACGCGAGCGAAAGCAGAUGCCAGGCGAAAGCCUGUCGGAUUUCUCUAGAGCUCUACUGGAACUCGGUGGUGACAAAGUUAUUGACGACAGUUGGUACGUCAGUUCCUUUCUGAAUGGGAUGGAUAAUCAAGCCAUGACGCAGUUCAUCAAAGUCCAUCACCCACACGAUCUACUUGAGGCCACCCAAAUGGCCAUUCGCGACUGCGGAACGUACGGCGAAGGCACUCGAGUCGGUUGGGAAGAAGCCAGCUCUCGUCACUCAAGAAACACGGGCGUGGUACGAAUACUUGGGGGCGGUGCACGUCUAGUGUAG